CUUAAAAAAUUGCAUUUGACUGAACAAUACAUUAAAAUUUUUUCUUUUUAUUUUAAAGUUGCUGAUAAAAAAAUUUCGUUUUUGUGUUGAAUUGUAUUAAAACAAUAUGGCUCCGAUUUGUGAUCCUAACGCAGCCUUUUUUGGUUUUAUGGGAGUUACCUGUGCUGUUGUUUUUUGCAAUUUAGGCUCUGCAUACGGCACAGCCAAGGCUGGUGUUGGUAUAGCAUCGAUGGGUGUUAUGAGACCUGAUUUGGUGAUGAAGUCAACAAUACCUGUUAUUAUGGCAGCGCUUUUAGGAAUUUAUGGACUUGUUAUGGGCAAUUUUAUAAAAACUAAAAUUGUUUCCAAUGUAGAUGCCUACUCGUUUCACUUAGCGUAUUCUCAUUUGGCAGCUGGACUUACCGUUGGCCUGUCUUCGCUAGCAUCGGGUCUUGCGAUCGGUAUAGUUGGAGAUGCUGGAGUUCGAGCUAUUGCGCAACAACCCCGUCUAUUCGUUGGUGUAUUACUGAUGUUAAUUUUUGCGGAAGCCUUAGGAUUAUACGGCUUUAUCAUUGCAGUGCUUAUAACUGGGGAAGAUAAACAUAGUACAUGCACUGCUUAAUAAAUAAUAUAUUAUAUAAAAAAAAAUGCUAAAAAAAUUGAAACAAUAAUAAAGGUGGUGGUUUAAAAA